UAGACAACAUUACAUGUCCCGUGUGAUCAGCAGAUUCGUUUCCUUCUCCCUUUGUCUAAACAACUCGAAGACGCUGUAUCAUUCAAAUCCACUCAUUCACUCACUCACCUUCUUCUUCUUCUUCUUCUUCUUCUUCUUCUUCUUCUUCUUCUCUGUAACUGUAUCUUCUUCUUCUUCUCUUUCUCUCUCUGAAAAAUGAGUUGGUGGUGGUCUGGAGCAAUUGGCGCUGCCAAGAAGAAACUAGACGAAGAAGAACCGCCGCGACCCUUCACCAGCGUCGGACUCAUCAUCGGCGUCACCGGCAUCGUCGGCAACAGCCUCGCCGAGAUUCUCCCUCUUCCCGACACCCCCGGCGGCCGCUGGAAAGUCUACGGCGUCGCCCGCCGCCCUCGACCCUCCUGGAACGCCGAUCACCCAAUCGACUACAUCCAGUGCGACAUCUCCGAUCCCGACGACACCCAAGCCAAGCUCUCCGUCCUCACCGACGUCACCCACAUCUUCUACGUCUCCUGGACCAACCGCUACACCGAAUCGGAGAAUUGCGAGGUCAACGGCGCCAUGCUCAGAAACGUCCUCCGCGCCGUCAUCCCCAACGCGCCCAAUCUCCGCCACGUGACGCUCCAAACCGGCUGUAAGCACUACGUCGGCCCUUUCGAGCUCGUCGGCAAGAUCGAGUUCCACGAGCCGCCGUUCACGGAGGAUCUCCCCCGCCUUGACGCGCCGAAUUUCUACUACACACAGGAGGAUAUCCUGUUCGAAGAGACGGGGAAGAAAGAGGGUUUGACCUGGUCCGUUCACCGGCCUCAGGUUAUCUUCGGUUUCUCCCCGUACAGCUUGAUGAACAUCGUCGGAACUCUCUGCGUCUACGCCGCAAUCUGCAAGCACGAGGGUGUUCCGUUGCGGUUCCCCGGCACGAAAGCGGCGUGGGAGUCUUAUUCCGCGGCGUCAGAUGCGGAUUUGAUCGCGGAGCAGCAGAUUUGGGCGGCGGUGGAUCCAUAUGCGGCGAACGAGGCCUUCAAUUGCAGCAAUGGGGAUGUGUUCAAAUGGAAGCAUAUGUGGAAGGUUCUGGCAGAACAGUUUGAGAUUGAAGAGUACGGGUUCUUUGAGGAUGAUUCUUCGGAUUUGAGGUUGUCGGAGAUGAUGAAAGACAAGGAAGCUGUGUGGGAGGAGAUUGUGAAAGAGAAUCAGCUGCAACCUACCAAGCUCAAUGAGGUUGCUGAGUGGUGGUUUGUGGAGCUUAUGUUUUCUGGUGGCAGCCUAUUGGAUAGCAUGAACAAGGCCAAAGAGCAUGGUUUUCUGGGGUUCAGAAACACCAAGAAUUCAUUCAUAUCUUGGAUUGAUAAGACCAAAGAUUGCAAGAUUGUGCCCUGAAUCUGCUAUGCCUCUGCUUCUUCUGCUGUGAAAUUUUUACACUUGAUUUAUCUGCAAUAAGCAAAACUAUUGUAUUGUGCAUCAUUUUGUUGUUGUGUAUUCUGUUUCUUUGCCUUUGAUUACUAAUAAUGCUGUAUUGGAAGAUGAAUUUGUGUGGUUAUAAUUGAAUUUGUUACUUGCAAGAGGGAAAAUAAAACUCAGGAAUCAAUUGUGAAGUUACAAUUUCUGGUUAA